AUGCCAACAGUCAUCAGCCCGUCUGUGGCCCCACAGACAGGGGCUGGGCCCAAGUCCCCAGGGCCAGUUCCCCUCCCGGCCCAGGGCAAGACCACGGAGGCCGGGGGCGCUAACCCAAGUGGCAUCUAUUCAGCCAUCAUCAGCCGCAAUUUCCCUAUCAUCGGAGUGAAAGAGAAGACAUACGAGCAGCUUCAUAAGAAGUGUCUAGAGAAGAAGGUUCUUUAUGUGGAUCCUGAGUUCCCGCCGGAUGAGACCUCCCUCUUCUAUAGCCAGAAGUUUCCCAUCCAGUUCGUGUGGAAGAGACCUCCGGAAAUUUGCGAGAAUCCCCGAUUUAUCAUUGGUGGAGCCAACAGAACUGACAUCUGUCAAGGAGAAUUAGGGGACUGCUGGUUUCUCGCCGCCAUUGCCUGUCUGACCCUCCACGAGCACCUGCUGUUCCGCGUCAUACCCCAUGACCAGAGUUUCGUCGAAAACUAUGCAGGGAUCUUCCACUUCCAGUUCUGGCGCUACGGAGACUGGGUGGACGUGGUUAUCGAUGACUGCCUGCCCACCUACAACGACCAGCUGGUCUUCACCAAGUCCAACCACCGCAAUGAGUUCUGGAGCGCUCUGCUGGAGAAGGCCUAUGCGAAGCUGCAUGGUUCCUACGAAGCUCUGAAAGGCGGGAACACUACGGAGGCCAUGGAGGACUUCACAGGAGGGGUCACGGAGUUUUUUGAGAUUAAGGAUGCUCCCAGAGACAUGUACAAGAUCAUGAAGAAAGCCAUCGAGAGGGGCUCCCUCAUGGGCUGCUCCAUUGAUGAUGGCACAAACAUGACCUAUGGAACCUCUCCUUCUGGGCUGAAAAUGGGGGAUUUGAUUGCACGGAUGGUGAGGAAUAUGGAUAACUCGCUGCUCAGCCGCACAGGCUCAGAUGACAGACCGACCCGGACCAUUGUUCCGGUUCAGUACGAGACAAGGAUGGCUUGUGGGCUAGUCAGAGGACACGCCUACUCCGUCACUGGGCUGGAUGAGACCACGUUCAAGGGUGAGAAGGUGAAGCUGGUGCGGCUGCGGAACCCCUGGGGCCAGGUGGAGUGGACGGGCUCCUGGAGUGAGGGUUGGAAGGACUGGAGCUUUGUGGACAAAGAUGAGAAGGCCCGUCUGAAGCACGAGGUCGCUGAGGAAGGCGAGUUCUGGAUGUCCUACGACGAUUUCGUCUACCAUUUCACCAAGCUGGAGAUCUGCAACCUCACCGCCGAUGCCCUGGAGUCCGACAAGCUCCAGACCUGGACGGUGUCCGUGAACGAGGGCCGCUGGGUGAGGGGCUGCUCCGCUGGCGGCUGCCGCAACUUCCCAGACACUUUCUGGACCAACCCGCAGUACCGCCUGAAGCUCCUGGAGGAGGACGACGACCCCGAGGACGCCGAGGUCAUCUGCAGCUUCCUGGUGGCCCUGAUGCAGAAGAACCGGCGGAAGGACCGGAAGCUGGGGGCCAACCUCUUCACCAUCGGCUUCGCCAUUUACGAGGUUCCCAAAGAGAUGCACGGGAACAAGCAGCACCUACAGAAGGACUUCUUCCUGUACAACGCCUCCAAGGCCAGGAGCAAGACCUACAUCAACAUGCGGGAGGUGUCCGAGCGCUUCCGCCUGCCCCCCAGCGAGUACGUCAUCGUGCCCUCCACCUACGAGCCCCACCAGGAGGGGGAGUUCAUCCUCCGCGUCUUCUCUGAGAAGAGGAACCUCUCCGAGGAUGUUGAAAAUACAAUCUCCGUGGACCGGCCAGUGCCCGGGCCUGGCAACACCGACCAGGACACCGAAGAGCAGCAGCAAUUCCAGAACAUUUUCAGGCAAAUAGCGGGUGAUGACAUGGAGGUCUGUGCAGAUGAGCUCAAGAAUAUCCUGAACUCGGUUCUGAACAAACACAAGGACCUGAAGACACAAGGGUUCACGCUGGAGUCCUGCCGUAGCAUGAUUGCUCUCAUGGAUACAGAUGGCUCUGGGAGGCUGAACUUGCAAGAGUUCCAUCACCUCUGGAAGAAGAUCAAAGCCUGGCAGAAAAUUUUCAAGCGCUACGACACAGACCAGUCAGGCACCAUCAACAGCUACGAGAUGCGAAAUGCAGUCAACGAUGCAGGAUUCCACCUCAACAGCCAGCUCUACGACAUCAUCACCAUGCGGUACGCGGACAAACAAAUGAACAUUGACUUCGACAGCUUCAUCUGCUGCUUCGUCAGGCUGGAGGGCAUGUUCAGAGCUUUUAACGCAUUUGACAAGGACGGAGACGGCACCAUCAAACUCAACGUUCUGGAGUGGCUGCAGCUCACCAUGUACGCCUGA